AUGAAGAUCUACAAGGCUUUCUCAGCUGUCGUGCUGAUGAGGGGUGUUGCUGCUGGCUCUGUUCCGAUGAUAUCGCCUGUCCCGAAACCACACUUUAGAAAUGGAACGGAGCACAGCACGGCCGAGACUCUCGUGACCACUAUCACUUCUGACUACUCAUUCUAUUGUCCUGAACCUACCACGUUUCACCAUAAAAACCUCACUUACACGGCCACGGAGCCAACUUAUUUGACCAUCACAAACUGCCCGUGUACUGUCACUUACACGCAGAACACAAAGCCCUCUGGGACAGUCGUCUAUCCCACGGCCCCCCCUAGCCAGCCAAUGCCCCCCAAGCCCCCGGUGAUGUCCUCAUCUACUCCUGCACCACCACUGCCUCCUGGCAAACCGGUUCCACCUCAUACCAAAGCUACAGUCCCGUAUUCUGAGCCUUCUCUUCCACCAGCAAUCCCCAAGUCCACUGUUCCUAUCCCAGAAGCUCCCCCUCCUCCCCCUCCUCCUCCAUCUGAGCCCUCUCCAACAAAAGCUGCAGUUCCAGCUACUGGUACCCUGCCACCUCCUCCACCCCCCGAGAUUUCGGUUCCUGUCCCAGAGUCGCCUCCUUCCCCCCCCUCUAUCCCCGGACAACCGGCUGUUCCUCCAUCUCGAGCUGCCCCACCCCCAGUCAACCCUACUGGUACUAUCGAGGCUUCUGUGCCUUCAGCCGCCGCUAACAAGGUAUCUGGAAGCUUUGGGGCUUUCGUAUUGGCUGGUGUUGCAGCUUUGGCCAUGUGA